ACAUCGCCACUCAUCCACUCACAUUAACAACCAUGCCCGUCGAAAAGCUCAGUGAUAAAGUCAUUCUCAAGAGCCCCAAGGGUGCGACCGCCGAGAUCCUCCACUAUGGGGCUACCAUCAUCUCUUGGAAGACAUCUGGAGGCCUCAUAUCCGGUGGUACCGAACACCUCUUUGUCUCUUCAAAGGCUGCCCUCGACGGGUCGAAACCUGUUCGGGGCGGCAUUCCCGUUGUCUUCCCCUGCUUUGGCCCUCCAGAGCACCCCGAACAUUCCAAGCUUGCGCAGCAUGGCUUUGCCCGCAACGAGACCUGGACUUUCGACUCUGUUGUGAUGGAUAAUGAGACAGGCGUAUCAGUUCGUCUUUUGCUGAAACCCAGCUCUGCCGUCAAGAGCAUAUACAGCAAGGACUUCGAGCUCGCUUAUGUGGUCACUCUCGCUGAAAACCAGCUCAGCACCGAUCUUCACGUCACGAACCCAUCUACCACCGACUCACUCGAGUUCCAAGCUCUACUGCACACAUAUCUACGCGCACCAUCCAAGGCCGUCACCAUCUCUCCCCUCAACGGCCUAACGUACAUCAACAAAGUCAAGGGUGGUGCAAAGGAGGUAGAGAAGCGAGAGGCCGUUGACGUGAAGCAGUUCACAGACUCUGUGUACGAGGACGCACCGUCCAAAGUCAGCGUUAUCUGGCCUGGAGGUGGGGUCGAGGUGAAGAUGACCGAGUUCAAGACGUUGACGGUCUGGAACCCACAAGCGGAAGCUGGCAGUAAGAUCGGGGACAUGGAGGAGAACGGAUGGGAACACUUCGUUUGCGUCGAGCCAGGUUAUGUGAGAGGUUUCAAGAAGCUGGAGCCCGGUAGCCGUUGGAUCGGGCAACAGGUCUUGACUCUGGUUUGACUUGUGGAUUGUGUGAGAAGAGGAGAAUGCUCAGCCGAGUUGUAUGUGCCAAAACUGUAGUUUGACUGUACUCGAUGUUUUCUGCUGGAAUAUUAUCCAUGUAUUUU